AGUCGAGGAGCCGGGCUUUGUCUGCCUGUUCCGCCUGUGGUUAUUGGCAGAGCUCUGGGGGAUCGUGCUUCAGGCUGCUGUUACCCAAUAUUGCCCACGCAGGGAGGGUCCGUCUGCCGAGCGACCAUGAAGCGAGACAGUAACCGGGUGACCGAGAGGAUCCUCAAUCUCACCCUGGAGAUCAUCUACCUCCUUACCGGAGAGGACUAUACUGUCGUGAAGAAGUCUGGGGCCGGGAUUGUUCGGCACAGCAACCUGCGAUCCUCCAGAGCCCAGAGCCCCGGCUCGGCGCCUCCAUCCCUCUCAGCUUUAAAAACCAGUAACCAUGACAACAGGAUCCUGGAACUGACCGACAAGAUCAUUAACCCUCUAAUUACCGAGGUCCCUGUAAGGUGUGAAGAUGUCGCCGUUUAUCUGUCUGUAGAGGAGUGGAAAUAUUUAGAAGGACACAAAGACAAUUACAAGGAUGUGAUGACAGAGACCCCCUGCGGCUCGCCAGGUGCAUCCGAGGCCUCCCAGCCCAGCGCCCCUUCCAAACGUGAGGGCAAAGAUCAGAACAUUCCCAGAAAUGACCCGGCGGCUGCCCAAGUCUCGCACGUGUGCAAGAGGAGGAAACGGCAACGGAAGAGUAUGAGAAAAAUCAGCCGAGAAUCUCCCGCCUAUGAAGAUGGAAACCUUACAGACGCUGCCCCCGACGUGUGUCCAGAGCGUGCUCAGGCUUUACCGAGGCGGGUCAGAGAAGAGUCGUCGUCAGGCGAAGAAGGCAGUGAGCCCAGAGAAGAGACGCCAUAUUUAUCCGGUCUGUCCAGAGACGGCACAGCCUCGGGUGAUGAGGGAGGCAUCAUAGACCUUGAUGCUUAUACCCCAGCAGAGCACGUGGAGGCAGAUUACGUCACUACGCUGGUUAAGGAGGAAUCAAACUCAUGCGAGGAAGUCAUAUCUGGAGACGUUUAUUCCACUUCAGAAUGUACCUUCGGCCGCCUCAAAGCCGGAUUAGCCUCCCGCGAGGAUGGAGAUGUGACGGACGCCGAGGCUUACGCCCCGACGGACUAUCCGUCUGUUUAUGUAAAGGACGAGUCUGCGUCGUGCGAGGAGGGACAUUUCCCUGAGUUUUACUCGUCUGCGGAGCAUGCGGGAUUCCCAAUGACGCAUCCGAUGAGGAGCCGCAAACUGCUCCGUGGCGCUCAGAGUAAGACUCCGUUUGCUGCAAAGUACAAAGAGUUUGAGCGUUACGGUAACAAGUCGCCCUCCACUUCUUACGACAUCAGGCAGCCGCCAGACAUGCUGUACGACUGCUCCGAGUGCCAGGAAUUCUUCACUAGCUUCUCUGAUUUUCUUAAGCAUCAGAACGUUCACAAAGCACGGAAUCCGGUGCUGCCAUCCUCCGAAUACGGAAGCUACCUGUGCUACGAGCCGGAGCUUGGCCGAGAUCCAAACGUGGACGACAAGCCCUUCAUCUGCAGCGAUUGCGGGAAGUGGUUUCGCUCAAAUUCCGAUCUCCGCAAACACCAGAGGAUCCACACCGGGGAGAAGCCGUACGUGUGUUCAUACUGCGGCAAAUGCUUCACCAAAAACUCCCACCUCGUUCGGCACCAGCGGAUCCACACGGGAGAAAAGCCCUUCGCCUGCGCGGACUGCGGCAAAGGCUUCACCAACAAAUCCAAUCUCAUCACCCAUCAGCGCAUCCACACCGGGGAGAAGCCUUAUUCCUGUGUCGUGUGCGGCAAAUGCUUCGGUGGCAAAAGCGAUCUCAACAGACACAUUAAGAUCCACUCGGGAGAGAAGCCCUUCAUCUGCUUCGAAUGUGGCAACUGCUUUGGGCGUAAAACCCAACUAAACAGCCACCUGAAGACUCACGUCCGAGAGAAGCCCGUCUGGAUCCUGGAAUCUGGGAUGAGUCUGGAUCCUGGAAUCUGGGAUGAGUCUGGGUCGUGCUGGUGGGAUUUGCCUGUGAAUAAUCUGAUUGGCUUUUUACUAGAGGCUGAUCCAAAAUCACAGAUAAUGGAGAAAGAAUCCAGCCUGAUGGCAGAGAAGAUAUUAAACCUCACCCUGGAGAUUAUCUGCCUGCUGACUGGAGAGGAAUAUGUUGUCAUGAGGAAGACCAGAGGUUGCCUUAUAAAUGGCAGCUCUUCCAUUGUGUCUCGUCCAACAAUCCACGAGAGGAACCGCGAGCAGAAGAUCCUGGAACUGACCAACAAGAUAAUGUCCCUGCUGACUGGAGAGGUUCCUGUAAGGUGUGAUGAGGUCACUGUAUGUGCCUCCAUCAGAGAGCUAGAGAGUGCAGGAGGACCUAAAGACCCCCAGACAAAGGUGAACAAGGGGGACCACGAAACCGUCGGCUCGCCAGAUGAAUCAGGGUCGUUGGAUCAGUCACGGGAGCCACACAGCAACGAGUUUACCGCAGAUUGUGUAAAUAUCAAUGAGAGGACUAAACAUAUGAAGGCUCCAAAACGCCUAAAAUCGCAGACACAAGGUGCUCAGCAGGCCAACCCUGCUGGAGCUCCAAGCCCUGUUUCAGCCUCGCAUGAAGACUUUCCAAACAUUAACAUCUCUGCAUCCCCCAGACCUUCACUCGUGGAGUCACCUCAUGUUAAGGAGGAAUCAUCGACCAUGUGCAAUGGAAAUAAAUUCCCUGGGGCCACAGAACAGAAAGAUUAUACCGCGGUCUGUAUUAAGGAGGAACCGGCCUCACAUCAAGACAUCAGCCCCUCUGCGACAAGAACUUCUACUCCCACCCGGCCAGAUCUAACAUCUCCUCGUGUAAAGGAGGAGCCUGCCUCGCGUGAUGACGGAGAUGUCGCCGGUAUUUCUACCCCCGCAGAAUACACGUCCAUUUGCAUUAAGCAAGAAUCUGACUCAAGCGAUGACCCCGACAUUUAUAGAUCCCCAGACCGGACACGGAGAGCAUGCGUAUCAAGAAACACUGACGGUGAAUCCACGUGUCCCCCCACAGACACUGUUUACAGCUGCUCCGAGUGCCCAGAAAUGUUUAGUACUAGAGCUGGGAUGAUCGGGCACCGGCAGGUGCACAGGAUGCGGGUUUUGUCCUGUUCUGAAUGUGGAGAACAGUUCUGUGAUGAGUCCGAGUUGAUCUCCCAUGAAAAAACGAUCCACGUGGGGAGCCCUUCCUUUAUCUGUUCCUACUGCGGGAAAAGCUUCAAAAAGAACUCCCACCUCUCGGCCCACCAGAGGAUUCACACAGGGGAGAAGCUCUUCAUCUGUUCUUACUGUGGGAAGCUUUUCACCAAGAACUCCCACCUCGUCAGACACUGUCGGAUCCACACAGGAGAGAAGCCAUUUUCCUGUGCUGAGUGUGGGAAGUGUUUUAACAGGAAGACAAAUCUCGUCACCCACCAGAAGAUCCACAGUGGAGAGAGGCGCUUUGUAUGCCCCGAGUGUGGGAAACGCUUUUAUUUUAAUGCCGACCUCAGCCGCCACCAGAAGACUCACAUGGGAGAGAAACCCUUUGAAUGCAACAAAUGUGGAAAAUGCUUCACUAAGAAGCUACACCUUGUGGCGCAUCAGAAACUCCACUCCGGCGAGAGACGCUAUGACUGUGCCGACUGCGGGAAAAGCUUCACUAAUAACGGCCAUCUUCUUCAGCAUCGAAGGACGCACACAGGAGAGAAGCCAUUUCCGUGCGUGGAUUGUGGGAAGUCUUUCAUCAAUAAAGCCAACCUCGUGGCGCAUGAAAAAAUUCACGCUGGGGGUCGAUCUGUAAUCUGCUCAGACUGCGGGAAAUGUUUCAGGGGUAAUGCAGACCUCCACAAACACCAGCUAGUUCACUCAGGAGAUAAGCCGUUCGUUUGUGGUUAUUGCAGAAAAUGUUUUACCAAAAAGUCCCAUCUGGUGACACAUCAGCGAAUUCACACGGGGGAGAAGCCGUUUGCGUGUCCAGAGUGUGGGAAAGGAUUCACCAGCAAAGCCAACCUGAUCACGCAUCAGAGGAUCCACACAGGAGAGAAGCCAUUCUCCUGUGCGGAGUGCGGGAAAAGCUUUGGGGGCAAGAGUGACCUCAACCGACACAAGAGGAUCCACACAGGGGAGAAGCCGUUCUCCUGCUCCGAGUGCGGUAAGCGCUUUGGACACCGGAGCAAUCUGAACAACCACGUCAGGAUCCACAUUGUGGAGAGAUCGCUUGCUUUCCACGGAGCUGCUGUGUUCUCUGAGUAGCCAAUUCCGAUUGAAGCCCAUGUGGUUAGAACUUAUUGCUGUAUGUCAUUGAUACGGGGAGGAAGGAGCCCUGAUUUUUAGCAGUGGGGCGGAAAAUCCGGCAGAAUCAGCGGCUUCGUAACAAGCACUCCAACCUGCUUUAACCAACAGGACACUGGUGCUCUUACCUGUGCACUUUUCUUUUUCUGCCCCAAUAGCUAUAAAAUAUUCACAUGCAAGUAAUAUAGAAAGCCAGACCCUGCUGGCAGAUGAGCCCCAUCCAUCCCGUCUGUAAAGACUAAAACCUUAAACAAUUGUUGAGCCACGUACAUAUGCUGUGCAUGUUUAAAU